AUGAUCAGCAAGAAUGGGGGUCGGAGCUCUAUCUCUAGCACACCGAGCUUAACAAGCUUGGUUGUGUCUAAGGAACAUCUCCUGAAAGUAUGGGUAAAGCUGGACCCUUCUAAAAUGGAACUUGACGUGACCAACCAACCUACAGCAAUAGUAUACGAAAAGACGGAUACUGUGGACGAUCUGAAGGACCGUAUAUUUGCUAAAUUCAGAAACACAAGGUGGGCUAUGGAAAACGACAGUUUUGGAAUCGGCAUAGGGUGUCUUUGCGAAUGUGGACUCGAGGAUAACAUUCUCAAUCUCCAACAAGAACAAAAUGAAGUUUCCAAGUCCGAUCCCAUGAAAGAUCAGCUCUUGCAUCCCGUGCCAAAUUCAGCAGCGAGAAAUGUUCAAGUAGAAUUUAGCCGAGCACCAUCGACAUCAUGGCACACACCGAAAACCUGCAGCCCAAGAGUGUCCAAUCUUGGGUCGCCAUUGCCAUUGCAUGCAAAUAAACUCCAUAGUUGCACACCAGGCUCAACGCCAUUGGCUCAACUGCGACUUGGAAGCAAGGAUCCACAUGCCGCAGAGCCUUGUUCGUUAUCUCCAGUGAAGCGUGGCGAAUCGACGAUGCUUUCGCGCAGUCUUAAUGCCGCGUCUGUUAUAGCCCCCAAACCCAACGACCUGCCCCGAGCACAGCUACAUCAAUCUCUUCUCGAACCCGACGAGCUGCUGAUAAACGUUUGCAAGAUUUUAUUUGGAGGAAUCGCAACGCAAAAAGCUGCCGAUGCUUUGAUAAUAUUCUCUAAUGCCGAAGACGCAUACAUUUUUGAUGACGAAAACAUUCAGAAUGAUGAUGACGGACCUUUGAUAGAGGAUAUGGCUGAUUACAAACUAAUAGUAGACGAGGAACAGCUACGCAAACUCAGUUUAAGUAAUGACGAAGAAAGCACAGAUCACAAGCAAGCGAUAUUGCUUUUGCCUCGAGGAUUCGAGGGUGACGUUAAUCUACCUUCUCCGAAUGUGAUUUCACCGUCUACGACAAUGAGUACCCAUGGACCUUCGGGGUUCACAUCGCCUACUAUCACAAAUGCCCCUUUAGUGGAGGAAGGAAUCGGGCUGGUACCGUGUAGAGACCCUAUGGUUCAAAGAGAAGGAUCUCCGUUUCUUCAGAGUGCCAUGGAGGCAGUGACAACGGAGUCUAUCACUAGAGACAAGGUUUUCCCUAAAAUCAACGUCCUGGUGGUAGAAGACAAUAUGAUAAAUCAAGCAAUUUUAUCGUCGUUCUUGCGCAAGCACAAGAUUUCCUAUAAAGCUGCAAAAAACGGCCUAGAGGCCGUGGAAAAGUGGAAAGAGGGUGGCAUACAUUUAAUACUAAUGGAUUUAGGACUACCGAUAUUAUCCGGGAUAGACGCGGCUAAAGAAAUACGGAAACUUGAGAAAGUAAAUGGCAUUGGUACCACUGUAAGGUCCAACACUGGUUCACAAAAUGAAUUAGGCUUAGAGCCGCGUAGAAGUUUCAGCUCGAAGGCUCCGGUAAUAAUCGUCGCUCUCACGGCCUCCAAUUCCCAAAGUGACAAAACGGAAGCUCUCUUGGCUGGAUGCAAUGACUACUUGACCAAGCCAGUAAAUCUUGACUGGCUAACACGAAAGAUUACCGAGUGGGGCUGCAUGCAAGCUCUCAUCGACUUUAAUGAUUGGAAAGAGGCUAAUGACAGAAUAACAUCUGGUCCAGAUCGUGAUCUUUCUCACAAAGUGGAUAAAUCUUCUUUCUCAGAGGCAAAAAAAGGCAAUGCGAAACAAGAAGUGUCACAUCUGAGUAACUUGAUCAACGGAAAACACCGGUAG